GGUGCAUGGCUGUAUAUUGCGGGGAGGGCAGACAGGCGGGCAGGAGGGCAGAGUGGAGGGCGAUGAAACAGCUUCGCAAAGCGAUUGUUUCGAUUCGUGGUGUUGUCUCCCUGCGCCCCCUUCCUCCCCCAUCCCUUUUCCUGGCCAUUUUAAUCGGGCUCCUUGUUUCUCUCUCCCCCACUCCUGAUCCUGCUCCACUCCUCCUCCCCACUUCUCCCCUACCCUUCCAAACCCCCUUCUUAAAGGCUUGAUUGUAGGUGCCGGAGCCAGAUCGACUGUGCAUAAAGAUGCUGAACGGUGUUUGGUUGCUCAGUGUGUUAACCGUGGCCGGGAUCUUCCAGACGGAGAGCCGCAAAACUGGCAAAGACAUUUGUAAGAUCCGCUGCUUGUGCGAAGAGAAGGAAAAUGUACUGAAUAUUAACUGCGAAAACAAAGGCUUUACCACCGUGAGCUUGCUCCAGCCCCCCCAGUACCGGAUCUACCAGCUUUUCCUCAAUGGAAACUUACUGACCAGACUCUAUCCUAAUGAGUUCGUCAAUUACUCCAACGCCGUGACUCUCCAUUUGGGGAACAAUGAGCUGCAAGAGAUCCGAACUGGAGCGUUCAGUGGCCUGAAAACUCUCAAGCGACUCCACCUUAACAACAACAAACUGGAAGUUUUGAGGGAGGACACGUUCAUGGGCCUGGAGAGUUUGGAGUACCUGCAAGCGGACUACAACUACAUCAGUGCCAUCGAGGCGGGAGCCUUCAGUAAGCUGAAUAAGCUGAAGGUCCUGAUUCUCAACGACAACCUCCUGCUGUCUCUCCCCAAUAAUGUGUUCCGCUUUGUUCUGCUGACCCACUUAGAUCUGAGAGGGAAUCGGCUGAAGAUGAUGCCCUUUGCCGGGGUCCUGGAACACAUCGGAGGGAUCAUGGAAAUUCAAUUAGAGGAAAACCCGUGGAACUGCACUUGCGAUUUACUUCCGCUGAAGGCUUGGCUCGAUACCAUAACCGUCUUUGUCGGAGAGAUCGUCUGUGAAACUCCUUUUCGGCUGCAUGGGAAAGACGUGACACAGUUGACCAGGCAGGACCUCUGUCCCAGGAAGAGUGCCAGCGAUUCAAAUCAUAAAGUGAGCCACCCUUCCUUUUCUGACACCCACAUGCAGAAGCUAUCACCUACCCUUAAUCCUGCUCUCACUCCUACACGGGCUCCCAAAGCCAGCCGGCCCCCCAAAACAAGAAACAGGCCCACGCCCAGGGUCACCGUGUCUAAAGACAGGCAGAGCUUUGGACCUAUCAUGGUGUACCAGACCAAGUCACCCGUCCCCCUCACCUGUCCCAGCAGCUGUGUCUGUACCUCCCAGAGCUCUGACAACGGGUUAAAUGUCAACUGCCAAGAGAGGAAGUUCACCAAUAUCUCAGCCCUUCACCCCAAACCUACCAGUCCAAAGAAGCUUUAUCUUACGGGGAACUAUUUGCAAACCGUCUACAAAAAUGACCUCCCAGAGUACAAUUCUUUGGAUUUGUUGCACCUUGGAAACAACCGGAUUGCAGUCAUUCAGGAGGGUGCUUUUACAAAUCUAACUAGUUUACGGAGACUUUAUUUGAAUGGUAACUAUCUGGAAAUUCUUUAUCCUUCUAUGUUUGAGGGGCUGCAGAGUUUACAGUAUCUCUAUCUUGAGUAUAACAUCAUUAAAGAGAUUAAGCCUGAUACCUUUGAUGCACUGAUUAGCUUGCAGCUGUUAUUUCUGAAUAACAACUUGCUGAGAUCCUUACCGGAUAAUGUGUUUGGUGGCACUGCUCUCACCAGACUGAACCUGAGGAACAACCACUUCUCCCACUUGCCAGUGAAAGGGGUCCUGGAUCAGCUGCCGGCUUUUAUCCAGAUUGAUCUGCAAGAAAACCCCUGGGAUUGUACCUGUGACAUUAUGGGCCUGAAAGACUGGACUGAGCAUGCAAAUUCCCCUGUCAUCAUUAAUGAGAUCACCUGUGAAUCUCCAGCCAAACAUGCAGGUGAGAUCUUGAAAUUUUUAGGGAGAGAAACCAUCUGUCCAGACAACCCUGACUUAUCAGAUGCUACCAUCUUAUCUAUGAGUCAUAACACAGACACCCCAAGAUCUCUUAGUGUGGCUCCUAGCUCAUAUCCAGAGCUACACACAGAAGUUCCGCUCUCUGUUUUAAUCUUAGGGCUACUUGUGGUCUUUAUCUUAUCUGUCUGCUUUGGGGCAGGUUUAUUUGUCUUUGUCCUCAAGCGGCGAAAGGGGGUACCCAGUGGACCCAGUAGUACCAACAAUCUAGACAUCAGUUCCUUCCAACUGCAGUAUGGAUCUUAUAACGCUGACACCGCUGACAAGACCGAAGGCCACGUCUAUAACUAUAUUCCUCCUCCUGUGGGCCAGAUGUGCCAAAACCCCAUUUACAUGCAAAAGGAAGGUGACCCAGUAGCAUACUACCGAAACCUCCAAGAGUUCAGCUAUGGGAAUCUGGACACCAAGAAGGAAGGGCCAACCACUCUGGCUUAUACCAUCAGUGCAUCGGAAUUGCUGGAGAAGCAAUCCACUCCACGAGAGCCGGAGCUACUCUAUCAAAAUAUUGCAGAGAGAGUGAAGGAACUCCCCAGCGCAGGGGUGGUCCACUAUAACUUUUGCACCUUACCUAAGAGGCAGUUCGCACCUUCCUAUGAAUCCCGACGCCAAAAUCAGGACAGACUGAACAAAACUGUUUUAUACGGAACUCCCAGGAAAUACUUUGCAGAGCAAUCCAAACCCGAACAUCCUUUGCUUCAGGCCAAGCAGCAAACAGAACCGGACUACCUCGAAGUUCUGGAGAAACAAACCGCGAUCAGUCAGCUGUGAAGAGAGGGAAAUAAAGAAUGAAAGUAUCAAGGGAGGCUGCCUGGGGAAGAAAGAAACAGCUGGAGAUGGCCACAUUCAGUGCAUUGGCUUUUUGGUUUUUGUGGGGUGGGUGCAGUGAAGUUGGGGGAGAUUUUUCUUUUCCAGGAAUAACAUGGAAACUUUGAAAAAUCAGUGAAGGAUGGGGGGAAAGCAAGCUUCUUGCUCUCAAAAGUUUUCCUCUUAAAUUAUUUCCACUUUUUAGGGGUUUGGUUUUUUUUUUUUUUCUUUUCUUUUCUUUUAUUUUCUUUUUUUUUUUUUUUAAGCAUCUUUAGUAACUAUCCACUGAAAAUGAAUGUUGCUUCAAUGGCUUUUUUCCCUUUUCAUUUUACUUUUUGUUCUCCCCCCAAUCUGUUCUGUUGUUGUUUCAGGGUACAGAUGGGGAAUGGGAGACUCUAGGAGGUCCAGAAGGGGCUAGGGAAAAAAAAAUCUUUUAAAGAAGUGGAUGCUGAAUGUGUUAUGCUGAAGAUCUCCAAAGAUCUUUUGGGACUGUCACUUCCUUUGUAAAUAAUAAUAUCUAGUAUUUCUCUUUCAGUUGCCAUGCAAAGUCACUGGGCGUCACCUCUUUUGUUAAAGUGCCUUUGCACUUUAAGUACAUUACUUAAAUGUUGCUUUUAGCUUUGAUAAAUUGAACCUAUUUUAAUGUGUUGUAUUUUUGAAAGUAAA